AUGCCAUUUUUCAACCAAGCUAUGGUUAAUCGGGUUUUGAGGCGACGACGACAACCGAGUUCAGCCCCGAAUCCUACUCCUGAGCUCCAGCAGCGAAAGUCCUUCCCCAAUGGAAUCAAAACUCUCUGUAGCCCAGAUGAUGGGACAAUUGACAUCGUCUUCAUUCAUGGGUUAACUGGUGAUCGUGAAGCUACAUGGACUGCCGAAGGUGCAACUGAACCCUGGCCCAAAAGUCUCUUGCCAUCCAUACUCCCAACAGCUCGUAUUCUCACAUUCGGCUACGAUGCAUUUGUGGUCGAUUGGCGACGCCCAGUUUCAGAGAACUUCAUCGGCAAUCAUGCCUGGAAUCUGCUGACAUCUCUUUCAUCGUACCGAGAUAGCGACGACACGAAUGGACGACCUGUCAUUUUUGUCUGCCAUAGUCUGGGUGGACUAGUCUGCAAAGAUGCCUUGUUUCAGUCGAGGCAACGAUCGGAGAAACAUCUUCAAAGUAUCCUCGAUUGUACCCGCGGUAUUAUCUUUCUUGGGACGCCGCACCACGGAGCUGGACUUGCGAACUUGGCUGAAGUUGUCUCUCGAUCCAUCGGUCUUCUUAAGCAGACGAAUCCAAAAAUCGUGGAUGUUCUCAAGCGCGAUUCCGAGGUACUUGCGCGGAUCCAGGAGGGCUUUCACACGAUGAUCAAGGCACACAGCACAGCAGAAACACCGCCGAUUGAGGUCACUUGCUUCUACGAGGAGCUUCCGGUGCUAGGCGUUGGCUUAGUCGUGCCACAAUAUUCGGCCAUCUUGCCCGGUUAUAUCACUAUUGGCAUACAUAGGAACCAUAUGGAUAUGACAAAGUUUGUCAAUUCCGAAGAUCCUGGAUUUGUGGCUGUAUGCGGAGAGCUACGUCGGUGGAUUAGAGACACGGAUCUAAACGAGAGAUCUCACACCAAGAAAUCACCAGCCGUCAAACCUCACGCUGCUUGUCAACAUGGCAAAAAUGGUCGACAAUAUAAUCUUUUCGCUAAUGGCGCCCAAAGGAUUGCAGAUGGACACUACUUUGAGGCUGGAGGAGAUCAGAACUUUGGUAUGAUUCCACCUAAGGCUCUAUCGCACUACCUGCCAGUCCUCGAAUCCCUGAUCCCAAAUGACACCUCCAUCACCACUCCCCACCUCUGGAACAACAACCUCCACGGCGACAACAUCUUCAUCGACCCGCAGAACCCCGAAUUUAUCAUCUCCAUGUUCGACAGGCAAUCAACCCAGAUCUCUCCUAAUCACAUCCCUGACCCGGCUUUCCUCGACUGGGAUAGCCUUGAGCCCGAGAGGGCCCGACCUACCGCAGCUGUGCGCGAAUACACCACCCAAAACAUAUUCAUCGGCUGGCGCAAACUCACGCGCGCCAAGAGCCCAGCCCUAUAUCGAGUCAUUGAGUCCAGAAAGACGCCAGCGUUUGGGAUGAUAUUUCUGGCCCAUCGGAUGUUCGAGUACGGCGAGGCGCACUUUCAAUCACUUCUGGUGGAUCUAAAGGACCACUGGGAAGACUUGCCUGGCGUUUCUGGCGAUUUCCCAUUCCCGUUCAGCUUUUCAGAUGCAGAGAUCGAACGUAUCAAGCUAGUUAGCGAUGGAGCGGUGGCGGGGACGGAGCUUGUCGCUGGGGUGAAGGAACAACUGGGCGAUUUGUGGCCGGAUAAGGGGCUUAUUGAGCAUGAGAGGUAUGAGGAGUGUAGGGCUGCGCUUGAGGAAGUUAGGGAUCGGAUUGUGGAGGAGUUGGGUGAGAGGGAGGAGGAGAGGGAGGAGUAUCGGCGAUUGUGGCCAUUUGAUUGA